UUCCCCGGUGCCCCGCAGAAGGUUUCAGCAGUGGGGGAGGCAGUGGCAGAGCAGUCUGGUGUGGUGCAUUGUGGGAAGAAGGAGAGGGUCUUUGUGGACCCAGCCCCCCUAGCAGAGGUUCCUGUGGACAGUGUGUUUGGCGGUGGCUCAGGGCCAACAACAGAGCUCAUCCAGUGGUCCUCCAGAGAGCAGGCCCCACAGAGCGACAACCCCCAGCACAGCCCCCAAGGGAAGGAGGGGGUCCAGUCCCGGGCCGGCAUGGAGUAUUGUGUGCUGCUGUUCUGCUGCUGUAUCUGUGGCUUUGAGUCUACCAGCAAGGAGAGACUGAUGGAGCACAUGAAGGAACAUGAGGGAGACAUCAUCAGCAUCAUCCUGAACAAGGAGCAGCAGGGAGCAGCCCAACCAGCAGAGGGCAGCACAGCACAGUGAGACAGCAUUUACCCCUCCCCUUACCCCAACAAAGAACCAGGAACCUACCCCCUCACUCACACUGAGUCUGAUUUUAACAGGGAAGUACUGUACCGUGCAUCUUGUUUUCUGGUUCUUAAUUUUAUGAACUUAACAGAAGGUUACAAAAAGUGUAUCAGUUGGAGCUCAGACAUACAGAAAAUUGGAAAACUCCCAUUUCAAGGCAUUGCAGUAAAAUGUUCUACCUGAACAAGUUCAGACACGUUUAAUACCUCAGAAAACAGACAUUUCCAUAUUUUCAAAUGGAGCUCAGUCCAUUCUACUCAGCAAGCAUAUAUUGACCACAUGGCAGCUUUUGUAUUAAAAUACUGUAAUAUAAUUUAAUAUAUUUAAUCCUUCACAUUUAUAGUUUAUCUGUGGCACCUGCACUAGGCUAUACAGAGAUGCCAUCUACUUGCAUGUUGUGUUCAUCUUAGCUAUAUUCAAAAUGGGUUAAUACAACCUGGUCUCAGAGCAUUUCGUAUUAUUUUGUACCUAAAUCUGAGACAAUCGAUAUUUUAAACAUUUGUAACGGCUAAUGUUAGCCACCUAGCUAGAAUUCGUAACGUUGCAUACGUUUAGCAAAUUCAUAAUGUACGUUUUGCAAAUUCGUAACAUAUAAUGCAAAUUGUAGUUCUUAACAUAUCAUUAUGAAAUGGAUGAUUUACUUCCACAAAUUAAUACAUACCAUACAAAAUGUAACACAUCAUACUAAUUUGAGUGUCCUGGAUUUACGUUUACAAUGUUACGUCUAGUCUAUGAGACCAGGCUGGUUAAUAAUAUGUAUCAAUGUAGGCCUAUGCAUGUUGGUUUCCGUUAUGUCGGCGCAAAGGAAAAGUCUUAUUUAAUUUAAUUCACUGUUUGAUUCUAUUUUGACCUAUUGGACCUCUGGUAUGUUUAUGGUAAUGAUGGGCCACUUGAGGGUGGUUUCCUAAAGCUGUAGGAUAGAUAGGCUGGUAACAAGUUGUUGUUUUACCAACAUUCACCACGGCGUCAAGGCUUCUUGAGGCAGAAAUCGGUUAGGGAGGAAUUUCUACGGUACGAUCAGUCAAUUAUGGUGCAUAUUAGUGGUCAUUUUAGACCCCAGCGUUAUGGUCGUGAGAUGGUAAAUGGACAAUCGUUGAACUUUGAUUGCAGCCAACACCCAACUGUGUUUAGCUUCGGCUACGUAUUACCGUUCUGAUUACGAUAAUCAUUUCUAGAUUCAUGUUUUAGCUCAACAAUUGCCAAGUUGAUCACUUGAAUAUGGUAAGCAGUUCCCAACGUUUCUCCACAUAGGCCUAGCACUUGUCGAUAAUGGAUGGCUGGAGUGAUUGACAUCCUAGCACAGAGCGGUGUGCUAGUAUAGUAAACCUAUGAAUGAACCUGCUAUUCCUAUCUCUGUGUGCUGUGUUGACCAAUAGCGGAGGGUGAUAUAUAUGACCAGCUUUUCAAGUGAUGGGCCUAUAGGCUACUGUAGACUGACGUUGGAUAUGGUGUUUUCCGUUUGACUACCUCUGCUAAUGUAUUUCCAAACUUCACUCGCUGCUCCAGUUAGUUUCACACUAAACAUGCUUUGGUAUGCAGAGUGGCGACUUGGAAAUAAUUUCCAUGCCCUUACUGUUUUUAUGUAGACAGAUAGGUGUAGGAAAUUAUGAUCAAAUUAAAUAUCCAUAAUUCCAGGGAUUUCUGGAUUUGCGUUUGUGUAGCUCAAUGUGUCAAAUAAAUGAAAUCGUUCUCUUCUGCACGCUGCAAUUCUCAUUAUAAUGGCAGAUUAUUCCCAUGUUAAUUUACAAUUCAAAGUACUAACGUCAGGAAGACCGUGACGGUCUGCAUUUAAACCGCAUUUAAUUCCCCACCCCCAUUUACAUAGUUUGCAUUUUAAUGAGUGGUUCAGUGAAUUAAAGCAAGAGACAAGCAAGCAGAACCACAUGCUGAUCAUAGGCCACUUUCUGCUACGUAUAAUCCAUCUGGGGGGUUUAUAUGAUUCUAUUUGUGGACGUACGGUAGUGCAGCUUCUUGCUGUGUCUUUCUGAAAGCCUAAUGAUCGUCUUACCUAUGCAGACCAUGAGACAGAGGGGACACGGUGGGAAAGGGAACUGACUAGUGGCCUAAGUGAAUCGAUUGGUGGUUGUGGGUCAGAGGUGCAAAUAGUUUUGGGUAGAUCUGACGUCGUAUUUCUUGUGGGAAAGCUUCAGGUUAUCUGAAUGUUCAUUUUACCCAUGCAGAGUUGGCUAACUGUCAUUUGUGAAGCCAGUUUAUUCUUUCAGGAGGGCUUAGCCUUUUGAUUUUGUUCCCGUAUUUACGUUGUCACGUGUGGGAACUUGAAGCCUUAGAUCCAGGACUAUAUCUGUUCGUUUCAUGUGUGUUGAGCGUGAAAAACACAUUGGUGUUGCAGAUGUUAACUCAAACCGGUGCGCCUGGCACCUACUACCAGACCCCGUUCAUAGGCACUUAAACAUUUUGUCUUGCCCAAUCCCCCUCUUGAGUGGCACACACACACAAUCCAUGACUAAAUUGUGCUAAUACAUUUGUUCUGUAGUUUAUGUCCAGUCUGCUGGCGAAAUUGCAUACUCAAUUAGAUAUAUGACUAUGCUUAUUUAUCUCUUCUACUACUUGUUAUUUGUCUAUUUGAUUUGGAAAUGUUCGAUUUCAGAUGGUGAUGCAUCCAUGUGAGUCUACCACUCUGGCUUUAAUUUCAGAAAUUAGGCGAUGAACUGACAUGAGAACCUGGAUGGGAGGGAAAGGUUCUUAUAGGGUGUGUGACAUCUGAUGUGGAUGAUUUUGACAUGUUCUUUGUUUGACUUAACCAACCCUUAACCCCAGGUCCCUACUCAAUUCAACUACAGGGUGUCAUGUGAUGCGUAACCGUCAAUAGAUUGUGCAUUUUCAAAGACAUUUUUUAACGUGCUAUUUUUGCUCAUCCUGUCAACGUUUGUGCCUUUUUUUGGUCUUUUUUUUUUUUUUUGUCUCUAAGAGAGUCUCUAGUAGUCAUUAGCUACCUAUUUGUUAUAGGCUAUGUCUGCCCGCGGGUGCUGUUGUGCGCCCAUCUGUUCAGAAUGAUAAUCCAAGGAGGUCGUGGGUGUUAUUCAGUCAAAGCUGAAUAGCCUCUGUAACGCCAACCCCUUGCUCUGUGAUGUAUCCCACACACUGGUUGGAGCAACGUUGUUUCCACAUUUCAAUAAAAUGACAUUGAACCAACGUGGAAUAGAUGUUGAAUUGACGUCAGUGCCCAGUGGACUGGGUCUGUACAUAAUUAGUUGAAAUACUGUAGUAUUGCAAACUGACUUUUUUUAUAAUCUAUUUUUUAAAUAUAUUGUAAAGAAAAAACACUAAGUCCCACGUUUUUUUUUUUUUGUUGCUGAAUAAAUACAUUUGCUAAAAUGUUGAAAAUGGGUGUGCUUUUUAAUUGGCUAUAUAAUGUAUUUGCGGGGAGUGUUCUUUUUUUUUUACACUGAGCUGCAUGCAUUUCGAGCCAAAGGAGAGAAGGUGAUAUCUCUCACUUUUUACACUGUUAAUUAACGCUGUUCAGUGCUUAACUUGUUUCAAGUUCAGUGUGUAUUCGCUCCGUAGGCCACAGAGCGAUGCUUGCUAUCUAUUUAUUUUGUGCAUCAUAGACAGUAUUAUGUCAUAUCUUUGCCAAUGUAUUUUUGUAAUAAAUACUUUGUGGAUGAA